GGACACCGGUGGAGUCCCGGAGCAUCAACACGGAAGUAGCCUCCAGCCGGAAGUUCCAGGGCCCGUCCGAGGAGGGGUGGGGGCGGGGAGCCGCAGGCACACACACUGCGGGCAGGAUGGCGGCUCAAAUUCCAAUCGUGGCUGCCACUUCUACCCCCACCAUAGCCAGGACCAGCAAGAAGAGGCCAGCCAGCCCAUCUCACAACGGCAGCGGAGGGGGAUACGGCGCCAGUAAGAAGAAAAAGCUGUCCGCCUCCGGCUUUGCUCAGGGUGUCAGCAUUGAAGCUGUGAGUGAGAAUAAAAUGGCAUCCUCUGAGUUUAGUUCGGGGCCUGUGGAAAAAGCUGCCAAGCCAUUGCCAUUUAAGGAUCCUAACUUCGUGCACUCUGGCCACGGUGGUGCAGUAGCUGGCAAGAAGAAUAGAACCUGGAAGAACCUCAAACAGAUCCUCGCUGCCGAAAGGGCAUUGCCAUGGCAACUGAAUGAUCCUAACUACUUUAGUAUUGAUGCUCCUCCAUCCUUCAAGCCAGCUAAGAAGUAUUCCGAUGUUUCAGGUCUUCUCGCCAAUUACACAGACCCUCAGAGCAAGCUGCGGUUCAGCACCAUUGAAGAGUUCGCCUACAUUCGAAGGCUGCCAUCUGACGUGGUCACAGGCUACCUGGCCCUGAGGAAGGCCACGAGCAUCGUCCCCUGAGCCUGAGAAGUGGGAAUGAAGUGGGAAUGGCCUCAAAAAACAGAUUCUGCACGUGUGAUAUUGUUUCAUGGAAACAUACAUGUUCUGCUGUCGGUCUGAGAGUGGCAGCUCCGUGCCUUGGAAAGAAUGUCUGGCUUUACCAUGAUGGUCUUUCUGAUGUUUAUUUUCCUCCAAGUGUGGCAUUCCUCUUUUAAAUCAUACUUCAGUUGUUGCCUCAAGUAAACAUUGUUUGAUAAGAAAAUACAGAAUUUUAAAAUUAACUCAAGCAUGUCCCAGAAUUUUGUUUGCAAGUCGUGAACCCUCUUGCAAUAUUUUCAAAGAAUGUACAAUGAAGACACAGAUCUGGAUUGUCCUAGAGCCUGGCAAUUGUGCUGGCCCCUCCCCAGAUCAGAAUGGAUUGCCCUGGAGUCUAUUGAGCAUUCUGGUCCUUCCCUGAUAGAAUGAGUUGUCCUGGAACCUAGCAAGCCUGCUGGCCCCUCUCUGGAUCAGAAUGGAUUAUCCUGGAGUCUAGCACGCAUGCUGGCCCUUCCUUGGAUCAGAAUGGAUUGUCCUAGAGAGUCUGUUGAGCAUGUUGGCCUUUCCCUGGAUCCGAAGCUUCUAUCUGUCUAUUUUCUACUAUGCUGUCAGGAAGUUUUGAAACUACCCAUCAUGAUGGCAUGCCUGCUGAUGAUUCGUCUCUGCUACAUGGUGAAUUGAGGCAUUGGCCUCCAGGAUCCUAAGGAUAAAUUCAGCUCUUAAAAGGAAAAGCAAUUAGCAAGAUUGAAGAAACAUUUUGGAGGCUUAGCAGUUAAGACCACUUUUUGCUUUUGUAGGGGACCCAAAUCUGGUUCCUAACACUUAUGGUGACUCACAACUAUCUCUAACUCCAGUUCUAGGGCAUCUAAUACCCUCUUCUGACAUCUAAGGACACUGGAUGUACACAUGCAAACAAACUCUCAUUCAUACAAAGAAAAUAUAUUUUUUAAAUUGUAUUUUCUUCUUAAGACCACACUGAUAUCCAAGCUGCUCUGAUCUAAGUCCUUUUAAUGUGUGCUGCAUGUCUUCACUGUAAGAGAGGGUCCACAAGGACAACUUAGAAUGACUGGAGUGUUAGAGAUGCCCCUUGCGGAGCUGAGGUGUGGAAGACCGGGUCACUGUAGUUAAUUUUCCUGCAAUGAAAUGCCUGGCAAGAAGGACUACAUAUCCAUUCUGUGGGGAAGGCAUGACAGCUGGCCACACUGCAUCCAUGGUCAUGAAUCAGACAACAGACAAGACGGGAGGCUGGACUAUACCACCUCAGGGCCUGCUCUAGUGACCCACUUCCCCCAGAGAGGCUCUACCACCGUGGUACGACCGCAUCCUUCCAAAACUGUGCCGCCCACCAUACGUAUUUCACAUUCAAGUCACUAUACCAUGUCCCCCGGGUUAAAGCAUGCGUCCACCCAGCUGGAAGUGUGGGCCAGACUACUUCCCACCAGAUAACACUUUUCUGAACCCAUGCCUCUUAGGAAGAGGCAUCCCAUCAUCAAAUAACACAGGUGCCUAUGGAGAGGUCACAAAUGAUGUCUUCUUCAUGAAACAGUGUUAUUUCCAACAAUGUUCUCGUCUGAGAGAAUGUGUGAGCCUUAUUUGGAUCCUGGUUCAAACGAAAAGCUUACAAUAUUUCCAAGACAAUUACAAACUUGAUAGAUUUUGAUGUGUGACCGUAUGUAGAAAUAAGUAUGAAUACUUUUAAUCAGAAUGCUGGUAUCAUAAUGUUAAAGGAAAGGGUUCAUAUUUUAGAGAUGAAGGCUAAAACAUUAGUGAAUAGAGCAAUAUGAUGUCUGGGAUUUGUUUCAGGAUGGUGUGGAAGAGAGGAAGUAGUGUUGAAACAAGAUUGGCCUCAAGUCAACUAUUGUGUGCUAAGUACACGGAAGCUCGUUGCACCAUUCUCCUCUGUAUUAUUUUAAUUUCUCCACAAUAAACUUAACAAGGGGG